AGCGGAGCGGCGCACCGGCUGGGGACCCUGGGGCGCACCAGGUUGGCCGCCUCGCCCGUCGGUCCGCCCCCGGCUUUGAAUCCGGAGUAGGGAGCCCCGGGGCAGCCGCGCUGGAUCAGAGCGCCCUCCGCUUGGACUGCGCCGCGCUGCCCGGACAGUGGACACGGCCGGAUCCAGUUCCGAAGCGUUGCCGGAUCGAGGAGUCCCAAAUCGGCCCUGCUUGCAGAGCGACAGUUACCUACACUGCAGGUGAAUUUACAGUUCCACCAUAGGUUUCUGAUGGAGCUCCCGCUUUUGCCGAAGGGCUUCUGGGCGAGCGACAGCAAACUUCUGCACUACCCCUUCCCUGAUGCCCUGGUCACGGUUCACACCACGCAAGAAAUUGCCAAGGAAAUAGUUUUGGGGCCAUGCCUGCUGCAGGAUACCAAGCUGGACACGGUUGCUUUCAUUGCGCUCAAGUGCUUGGAGAGGAGGAACAUUCAUUACAUUGUUAAGGUAGAUGUUGCUGCCGUGCCAAGUCCCGGUGGGUUUCCUUGGAUGAGGCUGGUCCAGGCUGCUGCCAACAAGAAGCAGCAGAACCUCGAAGCUACCUUGAACAACGGCCGGCUGUACUAUCGCCCCACCAGGACUAUAUUCAGGAAUGAGGAGCUCUUGGUCUGGUACGAUGAAGAACUUUCCGGGCUUCUGGGGUUCAGAGAAAUUCAAGCCAGUAGCCAAUUCCAGAGCGAGCUGAGUUGCCCAAGCUGCAAGCAAGAAUUCCGAUGGGAGUACACAUAUCUCUCUCACGCUCGCUUUUUCUGCGGCCCAGAAAAGGGUGCUCAGCUCUGGAGAAGCCUCUGGGCCCCAAAGACCGUGAAAAGAAGGUCAGCAGAACAGCCUACAAACUUCCACAGCUUGGCUAGGGACCUAGAGGUCAAAAUGGCUCCUUGGAAAGAUGACGCCAGUCACGCGGCUGUGCAGAGAAAAGCAAAUGGUAAUGAAACGGAGAGCAACCAAAGCAGGAAACCGGUCUUGUUGGAGAAGACAAAUUGCCUCCAUCGAGAACACCACGGCGGGAGCAGGGAGGGAAGCGUGAGGCAGCAGACGCCAGCAGGAGCUCUCUGGAAGUUUGUUGCAGGAAAACCUGUGUUUCUUAAGAAGGACACCCAAGGGGAGGACAGCGCGUUCACUGAAGUGAGGCAGACAAAGGGGAAGGAGAAGGCUGAGGAGGCCCAUGAGGCACAACAGAGAGCCGGAGCAGGCCACUCUGGCAAAGAACAGAAUCCGAGCCAUCUUGUGCCAAGUCCCCCAGGAAGUGCAUUCUCAUUGGUCUGGCCCACCAGAGUGGCCGGGGAGCCAAAGAGUGCGUUCCGGAAGCCGGCCAAGCGCUUGCUGGACAGGAAGGCCGUGGCUGCUCCUCAGGACGAGAGCAAUCUGGGGAAAGGCCUGGGAAAGCUGUCAGGGUACAUCAGCGCCACCGACGUCAUGCGGUAUGGAAGCUUUUUGACUUCCAAGGUCUUUGUCGGUGAUCUAAGCAGUUCUCCGUUGUUGCAGAGUAGCCCUUUCUCUUGUCCUUCGGGACUGUGGCCCCGCCUCCCUGGUGGACAGAUAUUGACGGUGCCCACGUCGGGCUGCCACUCUGCUUCUUUGGCUCUCUUGCCUCCCACCUUCACCUCCUUUGGGGUGGCGGCCCAAAACUGGUGUGCCAAAUGUAACCUCUCUUUCCCGCGAUGACGUCCGACUCCAGUGUUCCUACAUGGCUCCCUAAUUACCACCACAAAAGGGAGGGCCCCCUCCCUCCGAGUCCCAAAGCAAAAGGGAGGCGUGCCGAGGAAAAGCCGCUGACCUGCCCCGGCCUGCCAGUUGCGAAUACUUCCGAACGGCACCCACUCUCUCGCCACACAUAGUCCCUAACAAUUAGUCCCAGAAGGGGAGCAUCGCAGCAAAAUAAAACAGCAGUUCUGGCGCUGCUGGAAGAUGAACAACGUUUAUUUUGGCAUGAGCAUAUUCAUGAGGCAUAUUUUAUUUCUUCAGAUGCUAUGAAGAAGAAGUCACUGACUGCAUUUUUAUAAGGAAAAACGUAGAAGGUGGGGAGAGGGGCCAAGAAAGAUUGGUGUGAAUCCCAUUGUAAAUCUUUCAGGUGUGAUUCUCUGGUAAAGGACUGGAACAGGUAAGAUGUGAGAGAGACCAGAUAGAUGUAAGUAGUCAGAUCUCAAAUGAGCGAAGCUUCAACAUCACACAAUUCCAGCCUGAAUGUGGUCCAGACUGGUCGUAAUGUGAUCUAGAUCUUGGGAGUUGAAGCAGGGCUGAAAGGAGACCACCAGGAAAUCCAGAGCCUUCUAAGAAGGGGGCAAACUAUAGUGAUCCCUUCCUCAUUGCUGGGGUUAGGGGCACAGCACCCCCUGUGAUCUGGAAAUCCGUAUAAAUAUUUUUGGCUCUCCCUUUGUACCAGAGAAUAAGUCUGAUUUGUUUUUCUUUUCUUUUAACUUUAAAAAAGAAAUUGAGUAUAUUUAUGGUAUUAAAAGAUAAAAUAUGUUCCUAUUAUAUGACACUAUACAUCUAUUUUAUGCAUUUCUGAGUUUCUGAACUUUUUCUGUGACAGCUGCUGCUCUUCGUUUGCCACCUGCGGCUGCUGCAAAACUCCUCCAAAAUUUCCAUUCAAUUUCUCAUGGCCUGGAUAGAUCAAAACCGCAAUGGGGAAAGGAUAACUGUACUUCUUGAUGGUUUUUUUAUUUGUGCUUCAAAAUCUUUGCAAAAUCAAAAACACGCCCAGAGACAGACAUUCACCAAAUUAUAAAGUACUUCGUAUUGUCGAAGG